GCCUCCCCUCCCCACCCUCAAUUUUCUCCUCUCCUGCGUGUAUCCCUCUCAACUUUCUUUUCCGCGCGCGCCAAAUCAGCCUGCUGCUUGCGCCAAAUUGCCCUGCUGCUCACGCCAAAUCGCCCUGCUGCUCCCGUCUCCGUCAAAUCCCCUCCCGCGUUCAUCUCUCAAUCUCACUCUGCCCCAGACUUCUGACCAUGAGCCGCCAAACUAGGGUUCAAGCGCCGCCGCCGCCGCCGUGUUUGUGGCCGACAACGGCUGUUAUCAACGAGUCCAUGCUGACUCCCAAUGUUGCUGCGUCCUAUGGUUUAGCUGCUUCGAAGCAGACCAUGGGCACCUCCGCUCCUGCCGGCUAUUGGAGUUCGCCAGGAACUGGAUCUCCGCUCAUGCCUGAGAAGGAUUUCAGUAUUGGUGGUGGUCAUCCCUCAUAUGCUCCAUUCAUGGCACCACAUCCAUCAAUGGCCAAAAGCAGCCCUCCCCCUUCUGAUGGCAUGAUUGCUGAUAAUGUUGAAGUCUAUAGGACUGAUAAGUGUUUACCAUGGACAAAAGAAGAGGACAAAAGACUGUUCAGUGCAUGGUUGAACAACUCAAAUGAUCCCAUAGCUGGAAAUUGCAAGAAAGCCGACCGAUACUGGCAAGAUGUCACUGCUACAUACAACAACAUCACUCCAAAAAAUAGAAAAAGAGAAAUGAACCAACUAAAGGAUCGUUUUCAUCGAGUUAACAAAAAAGUUGGUUGGUUUGCUGCAUCUUGGCAAAAGGCUACUGGAAUUUAUGCUAGCGGACAAUCAGAUUUACAGUUGCAGGAGAAAGCUUUGAAGUUCUAUGAGGAAGACUACAAAGAUGGACAAUUCAAAUACAUGCACUGUUGGAAGGCUGUUGAAGGUUGGCCAAAAUGGGAGACAUACAUGCAGAUGCUUAAGAAGUUGAAGAAAAGAAAGGUUUCAGAGGUUGUGGAACCAUUAGAGGACAUGGAAUCAGAUGAAGAUCCACGUCCACCAGGGAACAAGACUGCUAAGACUGAACAGAAGAACAAGGCCAAAGGCAAAGAGAAGACGUUGAUUGGAAUAGUAAUUGAUGAGAUGGAGGAAAAGCUCGACAAGUUUAUGGCUGCUCAGGCUGAAGCUAACAAGGGUCAGAAUGAUAUGGUUGAAGUGGCAAGGCUCAAUGCUAUUGCAACUAAGGAGAAAAAAGAGGCAAAAAUGUUGGAUACGUUCAAGUGGCUCUUUUCACAAGACACAACAAGUAUGUCGGACGAGAUGAAAGCCGAGCAUAUGAAAGCUGUGAAUUCUAUGUCUGAGAAGUUAUUUGGCCAAUCGGACUGAGGCUGGGAUUGGCAAGCUGAAGCGAUUCAUGGCAUUUACAAAAAUGAAGAGGUUCAUGGCAUCUUACUGGAGUUUGCAUGGCGCUGGACAGAGCUUGGUCUUCUAUAUUUUGUUAGCUAAACUGCAGGAAACCUUUGCCUUAUUUCGUUUAGUUGAUUACUCUUUUGCGACUGGGUCUUGUUUGAGCUUGUGGCCGUUUUAUGUAAGAACUAAAAUAUAGUGCACUACUACUAUGUUAUUUUGUAAGAAUUUCUACUUCUGUUAAACUUUGUUGGCUGUAGUGCUAUCCCAGUUUGAAGAUCUUUUGUCAUGUAUGUGCU